UCUCUACUGAUUCCCAUUCUAUGUGACCUAAAUAAGUACUCAAAAAAAUUUGACGGUUUUAUUUUGACAGGAAGUGCUAGAUGUAAAAUCUGAGUUUUACUGUUUUAAUGUUAAGCUAGCUUAACAUUAAUAGAAAACACAUUUUAGAAAAUUAAAACAAAACAAUUAGAUGGGUAUAAAUCAUUUCCAAUUGUUUUCUACUAUUUAACUUGAUAGAUUAUAUUUAUAAAUAUAAAAAUACAAAAAAAAUACAUGAAAACUAAUAUUUAUUAGCAAAUUUAAGAUUUUAUUGCGGUGAAACAUUUCUUAAAAAAUACAACUUUUUGAACAGUUCCCAAGCUCCUUUUUAGUCAUAGUCUUAGUCAAGUUUUUUCUAGACUUUUUAACUACAAAAAGUACAUUUUGAAGGUGAUCUUCAUCUCUAGUAGCUGAGAUAAAGUCUUUAAUGAGCUUAAUAUUUCUUUCUGCACCAUCAUUUACAACAGAUAUGUUUUUGAUCCAUGCAAUAAAAUGUAGCAACUGAGCAUGGUUAAAAACAAAUAUAGUAUUAAGACUAUUAUUAAGCCAUUCUUUUAUACUUGCUCUUGAUAUUUUAAAAUGUUUGAAGAGAAGGUAGCUUUGCUUGGAAAUCAACUCAGGUAGCUCUGUGGUCUCUCCAAUUUGUACAUUUGAUGGUUUACAACGCUGAAAUUCAUUUGGCUCUUCAAACUCACUCAGAGCUAACAGCAUUCUUAGCUUUGUUUCAGAAGGAACUUCUUUAUCCCCAAAGGAAAAAACACAGGGUUGCGGAGUUAAGUACCACGUAUGGCGUCCCAUGCUGAGAAGCAAAGCAUUUCCAAUAUUCUUACUAACUUUUCUCAAUGCAUAGGCUGUCUGGAUAGCUUUCAAAUCAUUGUAGGGAGCCAGAAAUCCUAAAAAACUUUUUAAAAACCACGGAACAUAGCAAAUUGCAAUGAACAAACUUGCAUCCUUCAACUACAAAAUUUUAAAAAAGAUAUUCUUGCUGAUAGAUUGAGAACAGAUGAUGCCAAGCUGGAAGAUAUAAAUUUUUAUAAAGACCAGAAGUUACAUAGGAAAGGAUAUAUGGAAACAAAAGUCGAUGAAGACUACAGUAGAAGAGUACUGAAUGCAAACAGGAGAAAGAACAAGCUAGAUAAGUUGAGAGAGAAAGAAUUAGAGAGUCAGAAAAACUUAAAAGAUAUCAAUGAUGUUUUGUUGUCACAUGACUCCAUGACAGAAGAGAUUCAAUUCAGCAGUGAGGAAGAAAAGUCAAACGAGGACUCUGAAAUCAGCGAGGAAGAUGAUUUCCUGGGUAACAGUCGGAAACGCAGGUACAAUUCUGGAGAUAGGAUAAAUAUAGCAGUGAAUGUUGAAAAGCUCAUUGAAUGUACUGCUAUUCCAGCAACAAGGUUCAAUGUUGGUGUACGACCUCAUCUGGCAAUUUUAAGUGAAGUAUUUAAGAUGUCAAAAAGCUGAUAGGAUUCUGUGAGAAAAUCUUUCCCUUACUUUGAUUGCUUAUCAAGACUGCUGUUCCAUUUUAGAGAAGACAAUUUAAUCAAUUUCUUGUAUUUUAAAUUAAGUUUAACGAUUUUGGUCUUUAUAUUGUACCCACAAAUCACAAAUUUCUUGCCAAACCCAGCAUUAUCCCAAAUUUUUUUAAUCCUAGAUACCAAGCAAGAAUUAUCAGGAUCUGUACAAACACCAUUUUCACAAACAAGAUCCUUGGAUUUCGAUUUCAAUUUGCAACCAACAUUAGUAGAAGUGGGUUUGUAUUUAACUUGUGACUCGCGAAGGAUAAAUUGAUAGUAUCUAAGAACAUCACCAUUAGAUGGAAGCUGUCUCUGAGGUAACUCCCUUAGUGGGUACUUCAAUAGGUAAAUAUACCUCAACCUUUCUGUAUUUUUCCGUUUUUUCUUAUUCUGUCCUAUCAUCUUCUUUUUUUUGGCUGUUCUACCCAUCUUUAUAUGAAUUUCGAAAUAAUCAGUUUUUUAACUAAAUUUUUACUAAAUGUUACACUUGCAUCAAAAAUCAAUGAAGUCGUUAUUCCCUCUCGUAUAAUAUUUUAUCUAAGUUUACCGUUAUGGCUUUUAUAACCGUUUACACAAGAAUUUCUUCGUGCACAAAUUAGAAUUCCGUCGUGCACAAAUAAUUCUAUUAAGAAAUUUUUUUCCUUCAAAAAAAAAUUCUAAAUGGAGUUAUUUGUGAACCAAUCCAUGGGGAAUUAUACCAACUAAUAAUAUUGUCCAGAGCGAAAAAUAUCAAUCGCUAACAAUGUUCAUAGGAAAUUAUCCUAUUCUUUGAUAAUAUCCUAUGGGAAUUAUUUGUGUACUAAUUAUUACAUCAUAUUAAAACAUUGAAAUACUAGAUAGCGCUGUUUUUUAGUAAAUACACAUAUGUGUACAAAACCGUAAAACUCAGAAUUUACAUCUAUCACUUCUAGUCAUUAAAAAGUUAAAAAAAAGAUUUUGGUAGCUAUUUAGGACCUAUAGAAUGGGGAUCAGUUGAGAGCACAUUGAAAUUUUAAAAAAAGUGUGUUUUUGGGACACCCUAAU